AUGAACAUCGGUGACUCGGGCAACAUCUUUGUGGAGAAGGCGCACCCCGCCUACGCCCAUGUCAUCGACUUCCUCAUUUCCUGCUGCGAGCCCGUCAGCAGGACCCAGCACAUGGAGCAGUACCGCAUGGACAGCUCCUCCUUGUCUGCGGCCACCGCCGAGGGCACGUACUCGCUUGCCAUGAUUGAGAAUGUUCUCCGACACUUCCGGCUGAACGCGGCUCAGGAGCUGCCUGUUGACCUUGAGCGCUGCGCAGCACUGGAGAGACUGGCGUCCGCGCUGGAGGAGUCGAGUGAGGGCGCGGAGGUAGAUAGAUCUCGGACUUCUCAGGAGGCGAUGGCGACUAAGACCUCGUCUUCGUCGUUUGCUGCUCGCAUACCACUGCCGCGCUGCCUCUGCGACGUCGACCUGACAGGCACCAUUCUGGCCUCGCUGAACGGCGCAAGCGCCGACGGCGUCACAUCACCCGCAGUCCCCACUCCCCACGUGAGCAACGACAGGUUGAAGUCUCUUGUAAAACGGGAAAAUGUGGAGGAGGAGGAGGUGGGCGACCGUUUGUCCGCGGCCGAUGCGGCUGCCUCGGCCUCGGAAACAGUCUCGUCUCGCACCGCAGCGCCUUCCAGCAGCCCGACUAGCCGUCUCUUGCAGCUCUUCCGUCCCUUGUUGCCGACACCGGCAUCUGCAGCAGCUCCUCUACACUCGCCCACCACGGGCUCGCAGCUUGAACAAGGGGCGCCAAUCGCAGCACGGCCGCUCAUUUCUCUGGCGGUUGUGCGGCCUGCUGACGUCCAUCGACCGCUUCCGGAGUUGCUGGCGCAGAUGCUGAAGGAGGAGGAGAACGCUUCUCGCGUGCAGAUCGUACUGCAGCCGUGCCUGCGGCGCUUCCAUCAGUUCCAGGCGAGCCGUGGUGCCUCCUUCGCCUCGACCACCGCCACGCCCAGGGCGACAGUGUCGAAGGAGCGGAACGGCGCUGCCACUGGUGCUGUUGCCGACCAAGACGAUCAGCAGCUGUUCUACUUUGUCCAGUCGCGUCAGCGGGCGCACUUGGAACACGUACUACCGGCCCUAAAGGAGUUCCUGGAGCCGGUGGUGAUCUGCGGCGCAGAGCGCUGGAUCUUAUCUGACAUUGAUCGGAGCCCGCUGGGAGACACAAAGGGUGUGAGCGAUGCUGAGCGUGUGGCGCGGGAUGCCGGGCGGCCUGCCGUGCUGCGCCUGCUCUACGAACCCCCGCGUGUCGGCACCCGGUAUGAGGCUGCGGCAGCGACGCCAAGUGCCAGCUGCUUUGUGUACAAGUGCCGUGUGCGUGACGGAAAGCUGCGAGAAGUGAAGGAGUGCCUCUUUUCAAAGUUCGACAUCCGCGCCGACUGCUACUACGACUACAUGCAGGACCGCACCCUGCAUGUGCCGAACCUGCACCUCGCAAGCCACGUUCGUCUGCGACCCUACCAGGUGGCGUCGCUCGAGCGGUUCCGCCGAGGACAGAAGGCGCACCAAGGCGUCGUCGUCCUCCCGUGCGGGGCCGGCAAGACGCUAACUGGCAUUGGUGCCGCCGCCACCAUGCAAACUACCACUAUCGUGAUGUGUAUCAACAACAUGUCUGUCUUCCAGUGGCAGCGCGAGUUUUUGCGCUGGACGGACCUGGCAGAGGAUGAGGUAACAGUGUGCACAGCGAAGGUGAAGCAGCGACCGGGCAAGGUUUUCAUCACCACCUACAGUAUGGUCGUCGCAAAGCGAGGUAACGCGGACGGCGCUGCUGCGGAAGAGUCCCGGGCGAUCCUGCAGGCUAUGACUGCGCAGCCAUGGGGUCUGCUGCUCCUAGACGAGGUGCACACCGCCCUCGCGCACCACUUCCAGGAUGUGCUGAACACAAUUAAGUACAAGUGCGUGCUGGGGCUCAGCGCAACGCUGCUGCGGGAGGACGACAAAAUCGGCGACUUGCGUCACCUUGUGGGGCCAAAGCUGUAUGAGGCUAACUGGCUCGAUCUGACUCGCGCCGGCUUCCUGGCGAACGUUGAGUGCGCCGAGGUGCAGUGCCCAAUGCCGCCCCUAUUCCUGGAAGAGUACCACGCUAUCCAGCGCACCCGUGCCCUUCUCGGCGCACACGCACGCUGCAACCAUCGUCGCGGCAACGGAAAGCGUCGCCGCGAGAGUGUCUUUCAGGACGACGAGGAUGCCAGCGAGGACGGGGACGGCAAUGGGGAGGACAAUGGCGCCUACGGAAGGAGGGGCAGAGGACAUGACUCGUGUGGUCCCCUCACCUCGCGCUCUCUGCGCCUCGCCUCCUGCAACCCGUACAAGCUGUGGUGUACCCAGGCGCUUCUGGCCUUUCAUCAGCAGCGCUCUCCACCCGACAAGGUGAUCAUAUUUUGCGACUACCUCUCUGACGUGCGCUUCUUUGCGCAUCACCUCCACCUGCCUUUCAUGGAUCAGCGGACGAGCGAGGCGGAGCGGACAAACCUGUUGCAGUACUUCCAACACUCCAGUGGGGUGAACGCUAUCAUCUUGACGCGUGUCGGUGAUGUCGCGCUGGACCUGCCCUGCGCAUCGGUCGUGAUCCAGGUCUCUGGCCUCGGGGCGUCGCGUCGGCAGGAGGCGCAACGCCUUGGCCGCAUCCUGCGCCCCAAGCCACUGUCCCUCGACAACACAUGCGCCUACUUCUACACCCUUGUCUCGCAGGAUACGGCGGACGUCAGCACAAGCUACAAGCGGCAGAGCUGGCUGCGUGAUCAAGGCUUCGCCUACCGCAUCUUGCACUGCGACCGCGUUCUGAGCGAGUUUGCGCGCGUGGGCGGGCAACCCUGCUGUGUUGGACCACCUCAAUGGUGGUAUCAGAUGCACAACACCGCUUCCGCCACACCGUCCUCGGAAACGGCAGCAGUGGCAGAUGUUGGCGUGGUGCACUACGAUGGCCUCUACUGGGUCCCGUUUUCUGCUGAUGCCGCAGCCCUCAUCGAGGCGGCGUUUCAGCACGGACGAGCGACUUGCACCUUGCGUGGCAGCGAGUUGGGCAGAGGCACCCCCCUCCCAUCGUCCGAGGAGCUCGGGCGAUACCCUCUGCUCAGCUCCGAGUCAUGGAAGGUCACCUUCAGCAGCGUUGAUGCGCCGCAGACCUUUGGCACUGUGCUCAUUGGCGAAGGCGCGCCGUCUUCUCCGCUGCGCGAGCGUCGCGUGCGCCGUGGCUGCCUUGACCGCAGCCAUCGGUGCAUCCCUGCGACGGCUGAUCAGGAAAGUCGCUGCAUCCGCUUCGCCCGAAACACUGUGUUGUGCGUGCGAGAUACGCGUGGCAGCGGCGCCGUGACAGAGACCGAGUAG